AUGUUUGCGUUCGCGUUAUCUAACGACGUUGAAGACGCUGUUCACGAAGUUACCUCGACAAAGAAAUUCACCGAAUUUUGGAAUAUUUUGCCGAAACCAUUGCUUUCUAUUGCCACCACGUGUUUUUGUAUUGUACAAAGUUUUGUUAAGGAUGGUGCCACAUGGUGUCCAGUUGCAUUGGUUGGAACGCAGUGCCCUUCAUCGAGCAUUUUCCAUUAUUAUAAAUGCUGUGGAACGGCCAAUAAGGACUGCUGCUUCAAUCUUCAGGUAACGCGAUCACUUCUGAGUUCAUUCACUGCUCCUCCAAUGUUGAGCUGA